AUGCGCAAGAAAUUUCGUCGAAUUUUUCUAUCUUAUCGUUUCGUUCUUACUCUAAUCGUUAUCUCAAUUCUUUGGUCUGAAUGGUUAGCCGUUAAAUUUCAAGCACUAUUUUGGGAGAAAAUAAAUGGAAAAAGUGAUUGCUCGAGUGUACUCGUAGUGGCUGAUCCACAAUUGAUCGGCUAUAGAAAUGAGCCGUGGUGGGUGGGACCGAUUGCGAGAUGGGAUUCGGAUAGGUAUCUUCAAAUGGGCUUCAAUCGAGCUCUUCAGCAUAGCCAACCCGAUUUGAUUAUGUAUCUAGGUGAUCUCAUUGAUGAGGGCUUAACCGGAUCAUUGGAUGAAUUUGAAAUGUCAGCAAAGCGAUUUCAUCAAAUUUUCAAAACAACUGGAUCCGAGCAGCUUCUCUUUAUUCCGGGCGAUAACGAUAUUGGAGGUGAGACGGAGUACGUUCGAGAAGAUCUCAUGCAAAAGUUCAAACAAUUGUUUCCUUCAUAUUUGAACUUGUCAAAGAUCAAUCUACAUGCAACGGAUUUGCACUUUAUGAACGUUUUCAAUUCGGAGCUCUUAUUGGAAUAUAGUCCGAAAACGGUGCUAAACCAACGAAUCAUUGUCUCUCAUGCGCCGAUUAUGAAAGCUUGGAAUAAUGUUUUGGAAAUGGUUUCCAAUAUGAACUCAACACUGAUUCUGUCUGCGCAUGAUCAUACGGCUUGGAUGUAUACAAAAGAAAGAAAUGGUUUAACAUGGCAAUCAACAGCGAUUCGAUGGGAUCAUGUGUGGAGUGGUUUCAUUGGAGUCGACCAUCCACUCAUUGAGAUUCAAAUUCCCACUUGUAGCUACCGAAUGGGUGUUGCAAAUAUGGCCUACGGACAUCUUGUGCUAUGUCCGGUAGAUGGUAGAACAAUGCAGGCUUCGUUCACUUUGCUCCCUCUUCCUCGACGCUAUUCACAAAUCAUGAUUUACAUUGUGCUACUCACUUGGGUU